CUUAUACAGAUUUAGUUAGAACUUCUAUUUAUACUAAAACUAAAGAUAUUAUGCAGCAUUAGUUUUUAAAAAAAAUUUCUUUGAAAUAUUACUUUAAUUUUUAAAGGUAAUUAAGUUUGAUAUUGUGAAUAUAUUAAUUACAGUUUUAUAUUGCUAAAAUUAAAAAACCUAUAUAAUCGGUAACUGGUAUAAUAAAAAGAUCAGGAAUAAUUGAAAUAUGUACACAUAGAAAUCAAAAAUUUAAAUAGUUAAAAAUGUUUAAUACUUUCAAAUUUGAUGGGAGUUUUAACAGCGUAUUGGCUCAUCAUACAUACCGCCAUAAGUUGUUAACAUUACUCUACUUUACUUCUUUAUUAGUAGCUUCCAGAAGUUUUAAUACAAUUGAUAUAUUAAAUAUGCGAAAUGGAGUAUUAGAAUCAACUAAAUCCAGUAAAAUUGGUUCUUCAGAAGUAAUUGUUAAUUCUAUUAAUUUCAAUUGUUCAACCUAUAAAUCGUGUACUGAAUGUGUUACCUCACUAUUUUUGUGUGACUGGUGUAUGGAGAAACACAUUUGUACCAGUAGUUAUCAAAAACAGUGUAUUUACGAUGCUGUAAUUACAAACAAAAAAGGUACAGUUAUGAAUGCAAGAAAAGGACCUUAUUAUUGUCCGAAAGUUAAUGUAUUUAAUUCUGAAAAUUUUGAAAUACUUAUACCAUCGGAUCAAGAAGAGUUGGUCAAAGUUAACGUUGACAUAAUUGGUCAAUUUAUUUUUAAGAAAGGGUUUUCAUGCAGAUUUACUAUUGACGGAAUUGUAUACAACGUAAGCGCAACAUAUAAUGCGAAUACAAUUAUAUGCGAAAAGACUAAGUUUAGUUCCCAAUCUUCUACGCAGAAUGCUCAACUAGAAAUAUUGUGGGGUGAUUUUGUACCUUUAGACAAUAUAAAUAACUUACAUAUUACUAUUUACAAAUGUACUGAAAUGGCUAAAAGUUGCGGUGCAUGUUUAGCUUUACAAGAUAAGUUUAAUUGUGGCUGGUGUCCAACGAAAAAUAGCUGUGAAGUAAAAAAUCAAUGCAAUUCAUUAAAUUAUCAAAAUGAUACUUGUUAAAUUGUUUACAAUUUUGUAUUUUUUUAUAUAUAAAUGUCACUAGAUCUUAAUUAUCCUAAAGAAAAUCUAAUUAAUAAGAUAAUAUGAUUUUAUAAUAUACACAUAUCAUGUUUAAGUCUACACUUAAAUAGUUUUUUGUAAUAAAUUCUGUAAUGUUUUUAUUAUAGAGAGUCUUUUAAAACUUAAAGAGAUUCAAAAGUUUUAACAAUCAAUUGUUCAAAAAGUUAUUUUAUGUAAUUAUUUUUAUUUCUUUAGAAAUGUUUGGAAUGCUUAAUAAAAUAUUUAUUAAUAUCUCAAUAGAUUUUUAUUACCCCUGGGAAGCUUUGUCACCUAAGUGUAUAUUAUCAAUCUAUAAGUAAAAACCCUACUUUAACUAAAAUCUUCAUGUGACUACCGAACACAGUUAACAUAUUAUUUAAAAUUUAGGGAUAUUUUAUAAUUCGAUAGAUUAUGUUUUUUAAAUUAUUGUUCAAAAUUAUGAAAGG